ACUGAAUCUAAUUAGGGUUUCCGUGACAAGUUAUAAAUAUUAUCCUCGACUCACUCAUUUCGCUCUGAAACUCAAAGUUUAUUCAGCGGCUUCACUUUCCAUCGACGAAACAUGACUAAGAGAACAAAGAAGGCAGGGAUUGUUGGGAAAUAUGGUACCCGAUAUGGUGCUAGUUUGCGUAAGCAGAUUAAGAAGAUGGAAGUUAGUCAACACAGCAAAUUUUUCUGCGAGUUUUGUGGAAAGUAUGCUGUGAAAAGAAAGGCUGUUGGAAUAUGGGGAUGCAAGGAUUGUGGGAAAGUGAAAGCAGGAGGUGCCUACACCUUGAAUACUGCAAGUGCUGUGACUGUGCGGAGCACUAUCCGGAGGUUGAGGGAACAAACUGAGAGUUAAGCUUUUUGGUUGAUGUAAUGUAACUUUUAAGAUUUUGGUGAGGUUUUUUUGGUGUUAGACAAAUGUUAAGAUUUUGGUCAAUUAACUUGAUAAAUUACUAGUUUCUGUUCAGAGAUAUUUAUGUUGUUGGAAUACAUUGUGAGCUGAGUUUUGUUCUUAUCAUAGAAUAUCGAUUGGUCUAUUGACUUGAUAAAUAUCUAGUUUGUAUUCAGAGAUCUUUGUUGUUGGAAUGCAUUGUGAACCAAGUUUUUGUUCUCGCCAAA